AUGAAUACAACAAUAGCAUGGCAGAUUCUUCUCAUGCUUGCUUUGUUAUCAGAAGCUGCCGCAGAUGCUACUGUCGGCGACUUUUUUGCAGAGUGCCCAAUUGCCCAUUGCAGAGAAGGGGGGCCUGAGAUCAGGUAUCCCUUCAGGAAGGUGAACCAACAAUCCAUCUGCGGCGUCCCUGGGUUUGAGAUCAGAUGUACUGCAGACAACAGGACUGUCAUCAAUCUACCCUACGAAGGCGACUUUUAUGUGCAGUCAAUCGACUAUAGACACAACCAACUGCAGAUUAGCGACCCACAAGGAUGCCUGAUCAACCGAACCAUCAUCCCCUUCAAUCUCUCCUCUUCUCCGUUUCGCCGAUACUACGAAAUUUCAAACUUUUCACUUUUCAACUGCAGUUCCGCUGAUGCCUCCUCAAUUCAGGGUUACCUUAACACCAGCGCUUCCUUCCUUGUCGAUUGCUUGAGCACAUUUGAAUCAGCUCACAUCUAUGCGGUCAAUUCUGAUGAGUCCCUCGCCACCGAGCCUCCUUUUUUGUAA